CGGGCAUCAAUGAGUCGAUCCAACAAGAACAUCCUGCAACAAUCCGCCCCAUGCCAGUGUCCCUUGUAUUUGGCGCGUCCGUCUCCGUCGCCGUCUCCGUCGCCGGCCUCGAUGGCACUGCAGGGCAGUAAAAGUAAAAGUAGAACUUGAAGAGGGAUGGUAACGCAGGGUAGUCGCACGGGGUCGGUCUUGAGAUUUCUGAAACACAGAUAAGCUGGGGUCAUGGCCCACCUCAACCCUCGAUCGUUUCCUUUUCGAAAUGGGUUCAUGAUACUUAUUCUUUUUCCACUUCGACUUCGACUCUUUCCCCGGUGGUCAAUGCAAUUAACCAUUUGACAGACGUCACUGGAAUCAUCGUCGGUGAAAUAAAGCUUCUUGUUAAAGCUUCUUUUUGCACCUCUGCCUUCUCUCGACUACUACCUCCCUGCCUACCUACCUACUGUAGGUCAGUUUGGGUCGUCGUUUGAUUCACCAAGCCAAGACACCGACCGCCUGCAAUCCAUCAAGAUGGGUCAAACGGCAUCCCAACCAGUUCCCGACAAGACCUUAAAAGUCAUAGGAGCCGGACUAUCCAGAACGGGCACGACGUCGUUUGGCGCGGCGUGUUCUUACCUGCUAGACGGCCCGUGCUACCACGGCGGCACGCAACUUCUCCGAUCACCCGAAUCACAUAUCAACCGCUGGAUCGAUAUCUUCAAGCACACGCCGGUGCAGAGCGAGGAAGACCGCCAGGUCGUGCAUGCGGGCGUGAAGGAAAUGCUCGACGGUUACGUCGCCUGCACCGAUCUGCCAUCCAAUGCCUUUGUCGAGGAACUGAUGCACAUCUACCCGGACGCCAAGGUCAUCUGCACAGUCCGCGAUCCGGAUAAAUGGUGGAACAGUCUGGCGCCGAUCGUCGAGAAUGCCAAUCUGACUGCUCUGUCGUGGAUCCUCGCGCCGCUGCCCACGCUGCGCAGGUUCUGGACUUACCAUCAUGCCAUGGACGACGGCCGUGUGGGCGAAUUGUAUUUCCGACCAGGCGAGCCUCAGAGACCGACUCGAGUCAUGUGGGAUCGUCAUAUCGAACACCUUAAGAGAGUCGUCCCCAAGGAGAAAUUGUUCUUUUAUGAUGUCCGUGAUGGCUGGGAGCCGCUCUGCGCCAUCCUUGGUGUGCCCGUGCCCAAGGAUGUCGAGUUUCCGAGGUUGAAUGAUGCUCAAGCAAUGGAGGCCUUUAUGAAGGCCAGUGCGAGACGCGGGCUGAUGGCUUGGACGGGUAUCUUUUUGACGCUCGCUGCGGCUGGGUAUUCUGUUGCCAAAUAUGUCAGGUGAAAAAUGGUUCCGGGCAGGGAUAUGGGGGCCAUCCUGGAGCCGGUGGUUGCCGAAGGUAUAUUGGAACCGGCCAAAACUCGUGUUGAAGUCGGGAGCUCUUUGAAGUUUGGCAGAAUGUCUUUGUUUUCAACAUCCAGAGCUGAACUUGUAAAGCAACGGUGCAUGGGUGUUCGUGAUGCGGCGCGCAGUCUGUUUAUCAGUGGUCUUUCAUUGGAGGAGAGGCGCAAUCGAGCGGCAAAACAACUUCUACGUUGUGUGGUACAGGGAUGGCUGCUCUGAGCGGUAGCUUUGGAUCAUGGAUCCAAAAUACAUUCCUUGAUAAUCAAACUGACAUGUCCUUACAAAAUGAAUCAUGCGGCGUACAGUUCUUCGUGAUCUGACCCAGCUGGCGCUCCAAGAACAUAUUCGGCACAACCAGGGCUAUGGGAGCGUCCACAGUAACGUCAAGGCUGACCAGUGUGUCGAGGCCGCGAUUCAACCUCCUAGAAGGCUGUCGAAUGAGUUCGGCAGCGCAACAUGACAUGACUGGAAGUAUGAGAUUUUGCCCAUCCACGAAAUCUUGAGGUCGACAUUGGAUAGAAAGUCAC